AUGGCAGCAUCCCAGGGCUGGCACUGCCUCGCAUUGCUGCUCCUGCUGCUCUGUGACCCUGCUCGCUUGUCCAGGGUGUCCGUGCGGACACAGAGAAAAGGGAUUCUCGCCGAAGCCAUGCGGAGACUGCAGGAAGUCUUUGACAUUGAGGCUCUGCCCCAUGAUGUCUUACCUCACAGGAAACCACCCCAGUUUAUGGUAGAUCUUUUCAAUAAGGUGGCAGAUUCCAACGGGAUCACAAAGGCCCCAGGGCUGCUGGAGGGCAAUGUGGUGCGGAGUCUUGAAGACCGAGAUUAUUUUGAUCAGUCUUAUUUCUACUUCAACAUCUCUUCGGUUGGGAGGAAUGAACAAAUGCUAAAAGCUGAGCUCAGAGUUUUCAAGCUAAAUAAAAACCAUGUGCCUCAAAAAUCUUUUUGGCAACAUUUUCUCAAAGUGGAUGUGUAUGAGCUUUUGGACAGAGGAAGUAAGCCGCAGAGAAGAAAUCUCAUUUCAUCCAGAUUGCUGUCUUUGUAUACCGAAGGCUGGGAGGUGUUCAAUGUCACGCAGACAGUUUCCAAAUGGGUGGGAAACAGCAGCACUAACCAUGGCUUUUUGAUCACUACAACUCAUCUAUCUAAAAUCAAAAUGGAAUCCAACUUUGUCAAGUUUGCCAAGAGCCAGCACAAUAUGCGAGACAGUAGGAAUGCUUUCUUGGUCCUCUUCACCAAUAAUGACAGACAGAAAUCUUCCAGCUUCCUACCCUCUUCCACAGAAUUCCAGCCAUCCUCCCCUGAAGAUGAUACUUCAUCACACCUACCUCACCAAAAUGAGGUCUUUGCAAACAUCAGAGUGAACAAAAGCAGAAGAAUUCGGGAUACCUCUUCCUUCUCACACAAAGACAAAAUUGUGCCAUGCCAGCUCAAUGAUCUCUUCGUCGACUUCCAUAAAAUUGGUUGGGCAGGGUGGAUCAUUUCCCCACGUGGCUACAAGGCUUAUUAUUGCAAAGGGGCCUGCCUGUUCCCCUUAGGGGAAAGUCUAAGAGCGACCAACCAUGCUACCGUCCAGUCCAUAGUGCAUACGCUGAAACUUUCCAAAGACGUCAGCACGCCGUGCUGUGUCCCAGACAAACUGAGUUCCAUCAGUAUUAUGUACUUUGACGACAAUGAGAAUGUUGUCCUUAAGAAUUAUAAAGACAUGGUGGCCACAAGCUGUGGCUGUCACUAACAAAAGCCCAUUCUGCCUGCAACUGACUCGCAUCUGGACUCAGUGCACCUGUUCUCCACAGCCCCAGUGGUGCUGGAACAACUUCUAUAGUGAGGGUGCUGAAGACGGAUACCAUGUAUUUGGGUUGUUAUUGCUAUGUCAAGCCAGGGGGGUGAUAGCACGCCUAGUUCCAGCACCUAUUCACAUCUCUUGUGAUGUUCAGAUUAAUAACAUAUCAGAUAAGGGGGGAGCCAGCCAGUCAGCUUUGAAAAGGCUCCACCUCCAGGCUCCACCCAUGGGACAGCAGCUGAGAGGAGAAUGCUGCCAAAUUCUACAGACCUGCUGACUUUUCAAAGGGUCCCAUGCUGCCUGGCCUGUGGUGACAAUGCAGGGAAGGUGUGGGGGGUGUUUCUGUAUAUACAAACCAGUGGGACAGAGCGGAACUUGGUUUAAUCAGGGCUAUAAUGUAAAACCCUGAGCAUUUUAGGCAGAAACUUUGUUAGAAAACACCUCUGUUUGGUUAGAGUCUUGUUGUUGGAGCAGGGAGCCAGGAUUCUUGGCUUCUCUCCCAGCUCUGGGAGGCAGAGACUGGGAGCCCAGACUCCAUCCCUAGCUGUGGGAGGGGAGUUGCGUCUAGUUGUUAAAGUCAGGAAAGGGGAGUCUGGAAGUCAGGACUUCUGGGUUCUAUUCCCUGCUUGGAGUAGGGGGCAUUCUCUGCAGCUGGUUCCCAGGCCAGGCCCACUCCCAGUCUGCAUAUUUGUCCAUUUCCCAAGGAGCUGGGUCUCUGUAGACUGCUCCUCUAUGGUUAGUGUCCUUCACAGCCACUACAACACUAAACUGUAGAGACCCCCAAAAGUCCUCCAGGACAGUAACAGCAGAUUCCUCCCCCAACCCAGGAGAUCUGGUGACUAUGCUUUAGGCAGGGGCUCUAUGGUCAAGUGUGUCUGUGGGCGGAUUCAGAGAGGAGGCUGGAACCUGGAGGGGGGAAGGGAAAAGGGAGGACCUGGGGCAAGGGAACCAGGCCUGGGUGUGGGAAGAGAGAGAUUUUAUGCAAAUGAAAUAAUACAUAUUUAUCAAAUAUGGCAUUGCUGUAUUUACAUAGGCUCCACAUUUGCAGGCCUACAGCCCUAUGGGGCAGGUCCCACACAAGUACCAAGGGGUCCCCGACAGUGCUGGACAGAUAGUGGAAGAGCCGUUCCUCAGCCUUGAUCCAAUGCCUGCCUGGGACACCAGCUCCCACAUGGGCAGUUGCCCAGCACGGCCCAUUACACUCCCCUGAGACCUACCAUUUCUGAAGCAAGAGGGAGACAGACCAUGGUGCUCAGGCUGCAGGAACAGCUUUUUCUGCUGUGUGUACAUGGCAAAUAUCUGCAAUGUCUUGAUGCUUUUUUCCACUCUGUCAUAUGCUCUGGACCUGUGCAUGUUAAAGGUCAACAAUGAAGGACAGAUAUUAGAAAUAGCAAAACACAUUGUUAAGCAAUAUUGUAGUUUCUUCAAGUUCAACAGUAACUUUCUGGAGACGUCUGCUGGAGAAGCUGGAGAAAAUAUUUAUACUGUAAGGAACUAUCUUUGUUUCUGUAAAUAGCAACUUCUGCAAUUAGCAAAUUGCCAAAUUGUUUUUACUGUAUUAAACGAAUGUGUGGAAUAUUUUUAAUUAAUCUGUAAUAGAGUAAUUUAAUUUUCCAAUACAAUUAUGAAAUACGUCUUCAAUGUAUGUUAUUGCAAUGUUAUUACAUUAGUCAGUUUCCCUUCUAAGGCCUGGUCCAACGCUCAUUGAAAACAAGGGACACAUUCACCUUGCCUUCAGUGGGUGCUGAAUCAGGCCCUAAACUCCCAUGGCAAAAUUGA